UCUUAAAUGUGCAAUUACUGACACUAUUUUGUCUAAUGUUUUAUUUUUGAGCGUCAUUGAGAAGCAGAUAGUCCUGGGGACGAGGUUGUUCUUGCCUUUGUAUCUUUUUUUGUAGAAGUUUCUUUGCAAAACGCAAUUAUGGUUCUAUCAACACUGAUUAAGAGUAAUGGAAGUACAGAAAGAAUUACUGAGAAAUGUGUGCUAAAAGUUCUGUCGCAAUAAACCACAAUUAACAAGCCCUGGAGACCAGGAUGUUAGCUUGUGUUAAGUGUAUUUUCUUUGCUACCUUCAGCUGGUAAUUUUUUUCGAACGGCAACCUCGUUCCCAGCGCCUGUUGUCAAUUUUCUAUACCCAGACGGCACACCAAAUACACCAACGAAUGAACAAUCAUUGACGCAUCAAAUACACCAACGAAUGAACAAUCAUUGACACGCCAAAUAGAACAAUGACCGAGUUAACUGAGUUAAUAAAUACAUGACCACGCGAUAAGACUAAGAAAGGGAAUAAAAUUUUACAUGCUGGAAAAAUAAAGUGGUGAGUCUAAUUGCUUUAUCACGCCAAUAACACAUAUGUCAAUGAAUUGUUUUUUAGGUCUAAAAAAAUUUCAUUAUGUCGUCCAAUUUAACGUCACAUAACGGUAAUGGCUCAUCAACAACAACGGCGCCGGCAACAACAGCCGUCGUGUUAUCACAAGCAGACGUGGUUGUCAUCGUUGUAUACGUAUUGAUAUUUGUUUUCGGCUUGAUCGGAAAUAUUCUUGUCAUCCGGUAUUUUGGAUUCUAUUUAAAACGUGGUAGCACGUACAACAUAUAUCUUAUACAUCUAGCCAUAGCCGAUUUAAUUUCUUCUACUGUUACGCCGAUACAAUCAGUUUACGCGGUAUUUUCCGGUAACAUCUGGCAUCUUGGACCAAUCUCAUGCACAAUCGUCAGUAUCAUCGGUCCAUUGACAGUCAACGUAUCAGCCUGGGUACUAGGUAGUAUAGCUUUUGAAAGAUAUCGAGGCAUUGUCAAACCAUUCAAGCCUCGCUGGACAAAAUUUAGAAUACAUUUAAUGGUUGGUAUAAUAUGGUUUUUGUCUCUUAUAUCACAAAUACCAUAUAUGGAUGCGUUAGAGAUGACAGACAGAAUGUGCUGGCCAAAUUACCAGAAUCCCUUUUACGAAUUAGGUGUCGCGUGCGUCACUUUGGUGUUACAGAGUGUUAUGCCUAUCGCCUUUAUGACAUUUACAGUGACACGAAUCAUGCAUACUUUGAGAAAUCGAUUAAAGCUUCCGUCAUCUAUACGCAGUUCCGCUUCAAGUCAACCCCAAUCUCGAAAUGCCUCCGUUAGAGCGAAGAACAAAACCAGAAAGAAGAACAUCGUUGCUGAAGAGUUUCAGGAUGAUGCAAACAUUGAAAAGACGCCGUUUUUAAAGGAAAGUAGGGAAGCCGAAUCACCGAUGACGUCACGUCAGUCUAGUGUCUCGAUGGUUAGAAAAAAAGAAUGCAUUCUGUCAAAAAUCAAUGAGAGAGAAAAAAGUAGCGAUUUUACACCAGUAAAUAAGCUGCUUCGAGAAUCUCAAAAACGAUCUUUUAGCUUACCUGUCUUGCAAGAGAAUACCAUAGAGGAAGGAGGGCGUGCAAAUACGGAUAAUUUGGGUAUAGACUCUUCUCCGCUGUGUAAAACAAACUCGGCUUUGAAAUGUAUGAAUGAGAAAGCGGAGGGAGAAAUCUCUGAAGAUAGUCAUGUGUUGAAGGGUAACAAUAUACUUACGCAAGCAUCAAAGACAAAUGGCUUAACUAAAAGUCAUAGAAAAUAUAGCAUAUCUAUGAACACCGGGCUUGCCAUGUAUUCUCAAAAGGUAACAAGAGAAAGUGAGACAGUUACAGCUACACGCGAAGUGGAAAAAAAAGCGAAAAAGACUUCGAACACAUAUCGAAGAUUGCGCAGUUUGUUAUCCAUGGAACAUAGACGUCAAAAAUGCAAUAAUAAACGACAGCGUGACAGAAUGUCUAUGUUAAUAGUGACGUUCUCCGUGUUUGUCGUGUGUAGUUUGCCGUACAACAUUUUCUAUGUGACGGCUAUUAUUUUAAUUGACUUAAUGGAACGUCAUGAACUCCUACCAGCAAUAAUAGAAGUAAAUUUGUGGUUAUCAACGCUGGUUCUAGCAAAUUCCAUCAUGAAUUGCUAUAUUUAUGCCGGUAUGAACAUCGGCUUCCGUAAUUAUUGCUGUUCCUUCUUUAGAACGUCAAGUAAUCCAAAAAAUGCCGACGUAUUUACGUCAUCACAAAAAUCUUUCUUCCGUAAAAGUUUCCGUUAUACGAAAGAUGUCAACAGAGAGUAGAAUUUUGAAGAAAUAUCAACUUAGUUAAAUUUUAACCAAUGACUUUAUUUAUCGUUAAAAUAUUAAGGGUGGGUAAUACUGUGGGUGGGGUUUAUUGAAGUGGGGGCUUAUGAAAGUGGCAGACAUUAUUAAGCCUAUCAACCUUGUCCCAGGGUCUUUUGAUUCCUGAGCCGUUAUUACAGAGUGGCUGCAACAAGGCAAAAUACCCUGCGAACGAGUUUGUAAGCAUACGUAAUGUAGGUCAAAUUGGAUUGGUCAUUAAAAGAGAGUGACUUAUUAAAGGGAGGAGGGGAUGGGGAAAGAAGGUUAUUAGGUGUUUUUCAGUAACUAAGUCACUUUGAUCGUUUUCAUUUUACAUAAAAAACGACCUGUAUAUAUGUAUAUUUGUACAAAUAUAAUUACUCCAAGUAACUGUUGUUUUUAUUGUCAACAUGCUAAAUCCUGUAAACAAAGACGGGUAAAGCAUACCUUUAUCCUCGCCUUUGUAAACUUUCAGUGUUUCAACUAAAGGCUAAAUAGCUAGAAAAGUUUGUACAUAAGGCGUGAUUUUAGAAUUAGGGUACCAUCUUGAUUUCUUCUCCCUCCUUGGAGCAAGUUGGAUGUAAAACCCACGUCCUCGAUAGCGAAGCCCACAAAAAAUGAUACCCUAGAAAUUACUGUUCUUAUGCAAGUUUAAAAUCUUACAGCAAGCACCUUUAAACAGAUUACAUUCUUUUUUUUAAAUGAAAGUUAAAUCUCUUGUGACGAAUAACAUGCUUUAAAACGUAGUCCUUUUCUACCUCAAAGUCAACUUUUAAUGGGUCAAUUAAGGAACAUGUCACCAUAUCGUGUCACCAAAUAUCGUGUCGCCAAACACUGUGUCACCAAACGCCGUGUCACCAAAUGCUUUGUCACCAAA